GAGCCCCCUACCGGCAAGUUGAGAAGAUCCGGCUUUAGCUGACAGCUGAGGUGGCCCCAAUGUUUUGGUAUGCGGCAAUAUUCCUCCCAAACUGAGGAAGUGUGGUGGGCGACGCUGGUUUUGUAUGGAUCAUUAGAAACUCUGUGAUACAACAACAUCUGAAUAACUGGUCAAAAGGACGCCAGAAGCACAAUUCACGAUGACAACGCCAUACAUAUCAGGAAAACGAAUGCCUCUAAAAGCGACAUUCGUCGCUUCUAUUUUGAGAGGCCCCGACAUGUCAAAGGUCAUCAGACGAGCCCCGAUUGCACCCCGUGGAGGGGAUGUCUUUGUUUAUUGUAUUGAAAACAACACACUUCGGGAGGCAUGGAAGAAUGACAACAUCCACUUCCACCAUGAUGGGACGAGAGGUCAGCCCAAGACAAAUCCUAUUGUGAGGAAGGUGUUUUUCUGUGCAAUGGUUGGAGAUGGCAGAUGGACACGGGAGUUCAUGAAGCAUGUGUAUACCUUGUAUCAUAAUCCGAACAACUAUGUUGUCAUUCACUACCUAGGGGAUGAGGCGAUAUCGCGGGCCGUUCCUCGCCACAGGAAGCCCAGAAGCAACUUGAAGAAGCAUACAACAUGCUCAUCUACAGGAAUUCAGGUAGAUACAUCAGAGUUAUCUCCCCGUGAUGAGUCCUCGGAUCACCAAGAUGAAGGUAUUAUGAGUGGUGAUGAUGGUGACCAUGAAGAUGAGGAGGAGGACUACUCCGGGACAGUGGACAUCAGUGAACCGUUGGUGGUGAUUGAUUUGGCAGAGGAAGAUUCCGGUGUUCCUCAGUCACAGGUACUUCUAUCCAGUAGUGGAUGCCAGUCACAUGUCAGUAAUGUUGCUGAAGCUUCCACUUCCACUGGGCUUCCAUUCACAUCAACUCCUAUUGCAGGAGACGCUGCUCCAUUUGCAUGUCUGGACAUGAUGCACAUGACAAGUCCAUUGGGUCUCUUAUCUGAAGUGACACUUUCUUGCAGGCCUGUAGAUAAUACUACACCCCUGUUUAAUCCUAAUGAACCCUCCACAUCCUUUGCUCACAUGAACAGUUACACAGGUGGUGGAGGAGGUGAUGUGUAUAUUAGUGCACAAACUGAACCUGAUGCCAGGUCUGUAAUUCCAAAGAAAAGACUCGCAAUGAGGGUUGAAGGACAGGAGAGUGAUUCUGUGUUUACCAUGGGGGACAUAGCAACACAUGGAACCCCAACUGUACACCAUGUCCAGCCAACAGGUCGUCUGCCCAAAAAGCGGAGGCUGGAGUUCACUGACAGUUCUCCUGCUGAUCCAGGUCCUUGUGUGGGGGACAAUCCACCUUCUGAUGAUCCUGGAGAUGCUACUGACACUGGUCAGUCAAGUUUUCAGCAUCCAAGUGUCCAACAGCCUGACGGCCACCAAAACAGAUUAGGUAGGGCCUCCAGCCCAUCUAUACCUUCUGACAGAACAAGCAGGCCAGGAGUGAGACAUACACUGAGGGAGGAUUUAGAGAACAGUUUUCAUACACUUGUGCAGAAUGUCAGGAACUUGGAGAACAUGCUGGGAGAGCCUGCAUUGUGGGAGCCGGACAGGGACACAAGAGAAGUGGGAACUGAUCCUGAAGAUUCCAGACCUUCGCUGGAGGAGUUCAUCCAAGAACUUGUUUCAAGUGGUCAGCUUGCUUUGAUUGUGGCACAAGUCAUGCAGAUGGCAUCCAUCUGGAAACAGAAACCCAGUGCAUUCAAUGCCCGGACCAACCCAUGUGUAACAUUGGUUUAUCAGAUCUGUCAGGCUUGGGGAGAGGACAUGGUGGCUGCAAGGUCAAGGUUGAUGAAUAUCCUUGGAAAGAAUUCCAUGUCGGAGAGUGAUAUGAAGAAUUACUAUCACUUGGUAAGCGCGUGUGUUGUUGGGGCUUACCGGACAGAAGUGCCUGUACCUGUAUUUUUGACCACACUGAGCUCGUGGCCAUCUCACAUGGGGGAAUGUGACACACGGUCAGAUGUGGAGGUGGACGAAACUGUCCGGUGUGUUGUUGCAAGGACCUCACUGACCGGUGAACAGCUCAUGACACUGGAGAAAAACGAUGUCAUAGAUGCUCAGGUGAUAAAGGCGUACCUCAGAUGUUGGCCAGUCACUGGAAUACUCUUCUCCCGCACCACUGCUAUGUUCUACCCAUGGCCUUGCAGCAACUGUGGCAGAGAGAUGAAUACAACAGAGGCAUGCUGGAUAAGGAAGUACUGACAGAAUACACAUGGAUCCUGAUGCCAUACCAAGCAUCUGACGAUCACUGGGUGCUUUUGGCCGCCAACGUCCAAGAUGGAACAAUCCGG